UAAAAAGCCCAUUCCGGAAACCCUAAGUCCUUUCGGCAUAUAUAAGGUAUCGUAUCCCAAUUCACUACUUCAGAACUCUCUUUUGCUCUCCGUUUUCUCCCUCUCUAAACCCUAGUAGAUUCAGCCGUCAGCCUAAUUCUCAAGCACAACCAACCAUGGCGGAAAGAGGCGGAGAUCGCGGUGGUUUCGGCCGAGGCUUCGGAGGACGAGGUGGAGACCGUGGGCGCGGCCGUGGACGUGGUGGUCGCCGUGGAGGACGACGUGAAACCGAGGAAGAGAAGUGGGUUCCGGUGACUAAGCUCGGCCGUUUGGUGAAGGAGGGAAGAAUCACUUCGUUGGAGCAGAUCUAUCUCCACUCUCUCCCCAUUAAGGAGUACCAAAUCAUCGACACCCUCGUCGGCCCAUCGUUGAAGGACGAGGUGAUGAAAAUCAUGCCGGUUCAGAAGCAGACCCGUGCCGGUCAGAGGACCCGGUUCAAGGCUUUCGUCGUGGUUGGCGAUGGAAACGGCCAUGUCGGUUUGGGUGUGAAAUGCGCUAAGGAAGUGGCGACUGCAAUUCGUGGUGCCAUUAUCUUGGCUAAGCUAUCUUUGAUCCCUGUCAGAAGAGGAUACUGGGGAAACAAAAUUGGGAAGCCCCACACCGUUCCUUGCAAGGUUACCGGAAAGUGUGGUUCUGUUCUUGUGAGGAUGGUUCCUGCUCCUCGUGGUGCUGGUAUUGUGGCUGCUAGGGUUCCUAAGAAGGUUCUUCAGUUUGCUGGUAUUGAGGAUGUCUAUACUUGCUCUCGUGGAUCUACCAAGACCCUUGGAAACUUUGUCAAGGCCACAUUUGAGUGUUUGUUGAAGACCUAUGGUUUCUUGACACCCGACUUUUGGAGGGAAACUCGCUUCACAAGGUCUCCAUUCCAAGAGUACACCGAUAUGUUGUCGAAGCCCACUGCUAAGAUUACCUACAUAGAGGAUGCUGCGCCCGAGAGAGUUGAAGUUUAAAGUAUUUAGGCUUGUGCAAUUUUGCUUGGGAACUGAUGAACUUGUAGUAUCACCUCCUAUUUCAGAACCGCUUAAGAUGUUUGCUUUUCUUGAUACAUUAAUGUUUUCAUUUUAUUAAGAAUUAAACUAAGAUCUCGUAUGUUUUUUGGUGAUUGAAUGAAUAUAAUCUUAUCUGCCAAAUACCCUCUGAAUUGGAUUUGUGUGUUCUCUUAUAGCUAAUGGAGCCAGAGGAGAGUUACAGCUGAUUGCUAGUCGUUUGUAAGAAUUUUGGAUUGGAAUCUAGAUUUAGGGUCUCCUGUGUAGUUUACUCUUCCCAGCGCCCAAACUCUGUCAUUUGCUAAACCGAAGUUAGGUGUUCGAAAUCAGGUGCCUUAGUUUGUCCAACUAGUAGAAGUGUUCUGUGAAACAGAUAUUACAAUUCCUUGUCUAUGCAAUUUUUGUAUUGGUAUUUACUCGUACUCAGGGAUUGUUGCUUAGACAAAGUAGGAUGGUUACUUACACUAGAUUAAAUAUAAU